AUGAAACUAGAUGAUGCCCUAUGGGCAUAUCGGGCUGCUUAUAAGACACCCAUAGGCAUGUCACAAUAUGCAUUGAUGUUUGGAAAGGCUUGUUAUCUACCGUUGGAACUGGAAUAUAAGGCGAUGUGGGCAGUUAAGAAACUCAACUUUGAUCUUAAGGCUGCAGGAGAAGAGAGAAAACUUCAACUACUAGAGCUGGACGAGUGGAGAUUACAAGCGUAUGAGAAUUCCAAAAUUUAUAAAGAACGCACCAAGCGAUGGCAUGAUAAGCAUAUUUGUGAGAAAAACCUCAAGGUAGGUCAAAGGGUAUUGUUGUUCAACUCCAGGGUGCGUCUCUUUUCUGGAAAACUAAAGUUGCGUUGGUCCAGGCCUUUCAUAAUCAAGGAAGUAUUCCCGCAUGGAAUGGUGAACGAAGAUGGAACCAACGCAUUUAAAGUGAAUGGACAGAGAGUGAAGCUAUAUCAUGGAGGGGAUAUCUAG